AUGGCGGACGACGACCAGCGCAACCAGAGCCAGGACUCUGGCUCCACGCCCGACUCGCCCCCACCGCCGCCUGUACCAGCCGACGACCCAAGUUUGCUCUCCUCGUCGUACAACAACUCGAGCAGCGAUGCGCCGUCGCCGCGCCUCGCUUCCCUGACCGACGACAUCUUUCAUGUCACGCCACUGGCCGCGCUGCAGAUGCUGGGCGCGGGCGUUGAGGCACUCGUCCGGCUGACCGGCGACAUUCCACCGACACCACCACCGUUGGACGAUGAGGCGAAGGCACCGACCAACAUGCGCAGCAUGCAGGCAGAGAAGGAGGUCAUUGUGCGGACGCUGAGCGAGAACAGUCUGGCACGGCUGCGCGAGCAGGCAGAGACGGCCGAAAAGGCCGAGCGGGAAGACCGAAAACGCAAGGCGGCGGCGCAGUGUGAAUGCGAACGCGAGUGCGAGCGAGAGCGCGAACACGCGGAGAGAGGGACAGAUGCUGCAGCGGCUGCCGUUGCCGGCGACGACCGGAGUACACCACCGCGCGACGACAACGACGACGACGACACAAGCAAGACAGCAACCUCACAACCCUCGACACCGUCGCGGUCCAGGUUACCACCGACACCACCGCCGGCCAAGCCGAUGCAGAUGCAGAUGGAGAUUGACGGAGUUCACCUGCGGGCGACAUCACAGUCGCCGACUGGUGGGCACGCGUCAGGAACGGCGCAAGUCAGCAGCAGCGGCGCGCCGAUCUUGGUCGUGCCGCCCGCCGAGCCGUACAUUGUCAUCGGCGCCAACUCGCAGCCGCUCAACGUGCAGCACUCGGCCAUUACGCGCAAGUUCUACAGCAAGAAGACGCCGCCCAUUGGCAUUUCCGAGUACUUGCUGCGCCUGCACCGCUUCUGCCCGAUGAGCACGGGCGUCUACCUCGCGACCAGCUACUACAUUUACCGGCUGGCCGUGUCCGAAAAGGCCAUUGCCGUCACCCGCCGCAACGCGCACCGCCUGCUGCUGGCGGGUCUGCGCGUGGCCAUGAAGGCACUGGAGGACCUGAGCUAUGCGCACACCAAGAUGGCGCGCGUCGGCGGCGUCACCGAAGCGGAGCUGGCGCGCCUGGAGAUCAACUUUUGUUUCCUGGCCGGGUUCGAGCUGUCGGUGUGCGUGGAGGACAUGCGGCAGCACUGGAUGCUGAUGAAGAGCGGGCGGGCGGUGGGGUCGCUGGACCAGGACGGCACGGCGGCGGUGAUGGCCUCGAUGGACUCGCUGAACGUGAAUGUGACGCAGCGGCGCAAAGUGGUGGUGAGCUAG